GACUGAGAUAAUCAUAAACCAUAUAUAAAUGUAGCUUUUUAAAAAAAAAUUAUCUUAAUUUCCUCAACAUUAUUUUAUCUUAUUGUAUAACUAGGUGUCCUUUAUAAGGAAUAUGUGUCUUGUUCUUUCAUGACAAAGAAGCUUGCUAGAUAAGAAUCUGAUUAUUAGAAGAAAUAAAAGAAAGCUCUACUUGUCUUUAUCUAUUUUCUCUCUUCAACAUCGAAAUCAAAAAAUAGUGUGAAGCUGCUGCUGCAUUCAAAGAUUUAUUAUCUUCCACUUUAUUUCUGGUAAUCUUCAUCCUCAGAGAAAAGGAAAGGAAGGAUAUGAACGAGUUAAAGAGUGGGAGAGAGAAGCCAUGGAACAAUAUUUAUAGUAGUGAGUCUGUGUCUCUUGACAAGGAAGGUCCAUGGAAAAGCUUUGGCUCAUCCAUGAAUGCCAUUUCUUUCGGAUUCGUGGCAACGGCCAUCUUAAUCUCCAUGUUUCUCAUAAUGGCUAUAUUCGAGCAUCUAUUCAGACCCGAUGCAUCGUCCCACCAAGACUCCGAGGAGACGCAGAUGCACAAGCUUCAAACUCCAGUACAAACAUCAUAUGCAACAGAUUUCUCAGUGGUGAUGCCUGGACAUCAGUAUCCUAGCUUCAUUGCUCAACCUGCUCCUUUGCCAAGGGAAGGAGUGUCUUGGCUCUCUCACUCUCACUCUCACUCUCACACUCACACUCACACUCACACUCACACUCAUCAAACCAACCAAUAAAGCUGCUGCUGUAGCUUACUUCAAUUUGGAAUCUUUUGUACACAUCACUUGAAAUUUUGAUUACAUGAGACAAAUUUGAACUUCUGAAUAA